UGAUCCAUGCAGUUAGCUGGGAAGAAUGGUGGACUUAUGAUGGCAUAUCAGGUCCAGCCUUUUGGGGAUUAAUCAAUCCCGAAUGGUCUUUGUGCAACAAAGGACGAAGACAAUCGCCUGUAAAUUUAGAACCUCAACGCUUACUUUUUGAUCCUAAUUUAAGGCCUUUACAUGUAGAUAAACAUAGGAUAAGUGGUUUAAUCACAAACACCGGACACAGUGUCAUUUUCACAGCGGGCAACGACACAGUUGCCAAUUAUGAUGGCAUGCAGACGCCCGUCAAUAUCACAGGUGGUCCGCUGUCAUAUCGAUAUCGAUUUCACGAAAUUCACAUACACUACGGGCUGCAUGAUCAAUUCGGUUCGGAGCAUAGUGUUGAUGGUUAUACAUUUCCUGCAGAGAUACAAAUUUUUGGUUAUAAUUCACAAUUGUACAACAACUUUUCGGAGGCAUUAAAUCGAGCUCAAGGCAUUGUUGGUGUCUCCAUACUGUUACAGCUGGGUGAUUUAUCAAAUCCCGAACUGCGUAUGCUGACAGAUCAAUUGGAUCGCAUACGUUAUGGCGGCGAUGAGGCAUUUGUUAAACGCCUGUCAAUACGUGGCCUACUGCCGGAAACGGAUCAUUAUAUGACAUAUGAUGGUUCGACAACAGCACCUGCCUGUCAUGAAACGGUGACAUGGAUUGUCCAAAAUAAACCAAUUUAUAUAACAAAGCAACAGUUACACGCUUUAAGACGCCUUAUGCAAGGUAGUCCCGACCAUCCCAAGGCUCCAUUGGGUAACAACUAUAGACCGCCUCAACCUUUAUUGCAUCGGCCCAUACGAACCAAUAUCGAUUUUAAGACAUCAAAAACAAAUGGUAAAGCCGCCUGUCCCACCAUGUAUAGAGAAGUCUAUUAUAAAGCCACAAGUUGGAAACAGCAUUAAAACCCACAGUCCCAUCAAGUCCAACGAUGUUGUUCGUUUUUUAUACCAACCCACAUGAAAGCAGCAAUCAAAGGAG